AUGGGGAAGAGAAAAUUGGGUGCGUUGGAAAAGGUUGAGGCUGACCUGCCCAACCUCCAACAGAAAAUACGGCGUGAUCCCAAAUCCUAUGUGGAGGACUUCCGCGCCCAAUACUACCAAUAUGAGAGCCACCGUGAGAUUUUCAUGGCGGCGCCGUCGUCGAGCACAGAAGCGGGUAUAAUAUCGCUCCGCGAUCUCAUCGACUUCAUUUCGCACGUCGCAGACUGUUACCCGGAUAUCACCAAAGAAUUCCCGCAGCAGUUGAUUGAAAUGCUCACUCAGCAUCAUACGUUGCUGGAACCGGAGCUCAGAGAAAAGAUCGUGGGAAGCCUGGUGCUUCUGAGGAAAAAGGAUAUUAUAGAUUCCGUGACGUAUGACACACCUGCUAUUGUAUCGAUAUGUUCGCUCGCUGACCUGGUUCUUUGCGGUGGUAGUCUUCUCAAUACCCUGUUCCCUAUUCUUGUAUCCACGCCCAGCAAAACCCUGCGCGAAUUAUUAUUCCAAAAAAUUCUUUCCGACCUACGGGCUUCAAAUGCAAAGGCCACAAAUCACAAGCUCAACCGGACAAUGCAAACCGUACUUUUUAAUCUGGUCACGUCGGACCGCACUUCUUCGAAAGGACUAUGGGCAAUCAAACUUACAAGGGAGCUGUGGAAGCGGCAGAUCUGGACGGAUGCCAAGGCCGUUGAAAUCAUGAAGGAAGCCAGUCUGGCGGAUAACGAAAAGGUUAUCGUAGGCGGCAUUCGUUUCUUUCUGGGCGGAGACAAGGAACGAGAAGAAAUGGAAGAUGAGAGCAGCGAUGAGGAUGUUAUAGAUGUCGGUAGGGUGAAGCAUCAACUCGGGGUCAAUAAGAAGAGUGGGAAAAAGCUGCGGCAAGUGGAAAAAGCUGUUGCAACGGUCAAGAAGAGAGAGAGGAGGAAGAAGCAGCCACACAUUCUCAACUUCUCAGCGUUGCAUCUGCUACAUGACUCACAGGGCUUCGCAGAGAAUUUGUUCUCUAAGCACCUUCAGAAUACCAAGUCCAAGCUCAAUCUCGAGCAAAGACUUCUGGUGCUACAGCUCGUAUCGCGUUUAGUCGGCUUACACAAGCUGACUCUCAUGCACCUCUAUUCUUACUUCCAGAAGUUCCUCACUCCGCGACAGCCAUCGGUGACGUCGUUCCUGGCAUCUCUUGCUCAGGCAACUCAUAACCUAGUUCCGCCGGAUGUCCUCGAGCCUUUGGUUCAGAAAAUUGCAAAUGAAUUCGUUUCUGAAGCCGCAGCGGCUGAAGUUGCAUCGGCCGGUCUCAAUGCGAUCCGGGAGAUCUGUGCGCGCCAGCCUCUGGCCAUGAAUGAGACCCUGUUACAGGAUUUGGUGUUGUAUAGAAAGAGUAAGGACAAGGGUGUCAUGAUGGCGGCAAGAAGUCUUCUAGCACUUUACCGAGAAGUGGGCCCAGAGAUGUUGAAACCACGUGAUAGAGGCAAGGAAGCAGCAAUGAGCUUGCAGUCAGGGGAGAAAAAAGAGAUUCGCUUCGGCGAAGAAGCCCCUGGUGAGAUUAAAGGUCUUGAAUUGUUGGAAAAGUGGAAGGAGGAAGAGCGGAGGAAGAAGAGGCGUGAGAAAGGGUUGCCAUCAGAUGCAGAAGAUGAGGACGAAGACGAAGAUGAAGAGGCUGGAUGGGCCAAUUGGGAGGUCGAAGAAGACGACAGUGACGACUCCGGAGGAUGGAUCGAUGUGGAGAGCGAUGCGGAGAUCGAAAUCAGCGACUCCGAUGAUGAUGAGCCGCCCUCCAAGAAAGCCAAGAAGGAGACUGAGAAUGAGGAGAAUGAGAAUGACGAUAACCAAGCGAACGGUGUGGAAAAAGAAGGGGAAACGGAAGAGAAAUCCGUCAGUAAGCUUGCUACGACUCGGAUCCUCACACCGGCCGAUCUGGCCAAACUGGCCGAACUUCGUUCUCAGGCUAAGGUGACCUCCCUCCUCCCGGGUUCGAAGUCCAAGCGUGUCCAGCAGGCCGCGCAGGCUCAUGCCAACCGGCACAUCGAUGACCCUCUCACGGCAGAGGAGAUUGAGGGAUUUGCGGCCCUCUCUAAGGGGAAGAUGACACGUGAAGAGAAGAUCGCCCAUGCAAAAGAAAACAAGACAGAUCGUUCAGAAUUCAAGAGUAAAGCGGCCCGGAAGAAGCAGCGAAAGGAAGAGCAGGGCAAGAGUUUGACAAAUCGAGAGAAGGCUCGCAAGAAGAACGUCCUGAUGACUCUCGGCAAGGCGAAAAAGAAGGGGAAGCGAAGCCUGGUCGAAACGAGGCGCGUGCUGAAGCUGCAUCAUGAGAGGCAAAAGAGAGGGGGCAGACUGGGGAACAGGGGUUAA